CUACGUCACAGGCGUGCUGGCUUAGAGAGUUUGCUGAGCGAGAUGAGGAGCAGAGUGAAGGAUUUUAGUCAGUUUUACUCCGUUUUCUGGGCUAAAUUUGUGUUUUUAGGCUUUUAAUCUCAUUAUUUUUGUGUUAUUAAUUUAUAUAAAGUUUGUGUGCAGUUUGUGAUAUUAAUAUUGGAGAUGCAGGUGAAGCAGUGCUUUGUUUCAGCUCCAGGAAAGUCCAUCCUGCAUGGAGAGCACGCAGUGGUUCAUGGGAAGGUGGCUCUGGCUGUGAGCUUGAAUCUGCGGACGUACCUGCGUCUGCUCUCCACCACGUCCGGAGAAGUGACCAUCAACCUCCCCAACAUCGACACCUUCCUGACGUGGGACGUUACAGAACUGCAGCCCUUACUGUCUGAUUUAACAGUUGACAGCAGCGUUGAUAAUGAUCUGGAUCUGAACCUGGUGAAGAAGCUGAGGGAGUUCACGGGCAUCGCUGAAGGAUCCACCGACACCAGGAGCAUGGCAGUGCUAGCUUUCCUCUACAUCUACCUCAGUGUGUUCUCAGACGCAGACGUUUUGCCCAGUCUGAGUGUGUGUGUGUGGUCAGAGCUGCCCACAGGUGCAGGGUUGGGCUCCAGCGCUGCGUUCAGUGUGUGUCUCUCUGCAGCUCUGCUUUCAGCCGGAGAACAAAUCUCCACCCCCCUCAGCUCCCAGCAGCAGCAGCAGAACACGGCCAGGUGGACUGAUGCAGAACUGGAGCUGAUCAAUAAGUGGGCGUUUCAGGGGGAGAAGAUCAUCCACGGGAACCCGUCAGGAGUGGAUAACGCAGUGGGCACGUGGGGGGGUGUUUUGAGGUACCAUGCUGGAAAGAUUACUCCACUAAGCCGGGUGCCCACGCUCAGGAUCCUCCUCAGCAACACUAAAGUGCCGCGCAGCACCAAGGUUCUGGUUUCUGGAGUGAAGGACAAAAUUAACAAGUACCCCUCUAUAAUCACCCCGGUGCUGGAGUCGGUGGACGCCGUGUCUAAGACUUGUGAGCAGACUCUGGCUGAGAUGGCCACGGAUGGAACCUCAGCCAAACACUACAGUAUUCUGGAGGACCUGAUAGACAUCAACCAGCACCACCUGAAUGUGAUGGGCGUGGGUCAUCCAUCCCUGGACACCCUGUGUAGAGUCACCCUCGCCCACGGGCUGCACAGCAAGCUGACCGGAGCGGGAGGAGGCGGCUGCGGCAUCACACUCCUCCGACCAGAGACGGAGCCGUCGGUGGUGCGGGCAGCGGUGCAGGAGUUAAAGGAGGCGGGGUUUGACUGCUGGGAGACGAGUCUGGGUGGACCAGGGGUCCUAAUGCACUCCCCGAACUCAAUCCCACAGAACACACUCAGCAUCCUCAACAGCUACUGAUCAGCUGCACCUUUAACAUGGACAGUAAUGGUACAGUGAGAGGAAGGGUCCAGCACAGCAGGACGAAGUCAUAAAGCGUGGUUACAUGAAGGAUCUUGAGAAUUUUUCUUGAGGGAACAUGUUAAUAAUUUGACUUGUGGGUGUUAAGACACUUAAGCCUUAUUGGGACGGGAAUAAUUUUACAUGGCAAGGAGCGGUAAAGUAAUUAUUUUUACACAAGUUAAAAUAUAACUUGUUUUAUAGUCCAUACAAAAAAUCUUCAUGAAAUUCUUUGCACAAAAUCACUUUCACAUAAAGAUAUUUUACCAGCUCUAUUCUUAUCAUUUUAAAUCCCUUUCAGAAUGAGCCGUUUAAGGGCUCUGUCACUUUUAUGUAAGUAAGUUGUUGCUGGCCACAGCCUCAUGUUAUGAACAGUAGGUACAGAUCCCUCCCUCAGGGAAGUCUGCUGACUAAUCCUACUGUGUAUUGUCUGAGUUUCUCAACCAAAAUGACUGAAAUGAUAUUUGAUAUUUCUUCAGCUGAUCACAGAAACCUCCGUAUUAGCUAUGUUCAUCAUUUUUAAUGACAGUAAAGAUUCUGGUGUCUUUUACCUUCCGUAAAAUAAGAUAUU